AUGGUUCAAAAUAUCUCCACACCACAUCAUCAUUCAUUAAUCCGAGAAAACGAAACGACGUCUUAUUCUAAUAAUCACCGUUACGUACGUUCGUCAUUGACCUCAUUUCAAGAUCGUUUGCCACGAUAUACUCCAUCAUUUUCUUUGCCCCCAAGAUAUUCUCGACUUGAUCCAAUGUCCGAAAUGAUGGCAAUCAAAAAACAAUCCCACUACAAAAUCCUUCAAAAUGAAAUAAUCCGCGACGAUGGUCGAAUGUUUCACUUUUACCUUGCAAAUCCUGCUGACGAAUACGACGACUCUCAGAUCUGGAGCGAACGUCUAAUAAUCGAAACAAUCGAGAAGAAAUUCGUAAAGAUUAAUAAUGAACAUGUGGUUUUAGAGCGAACUAAAAGUAAAUUCAGUAGGAGGCGAAAGAUGAAAUUUUUAUUUGGAGGUAGUGAAUGGAGAUGGAUUAGUGAAGGCAAUCGCUUCAUAUUCCAAGCGGUGUUUCGUAAUCUAUGUAACGAAAAAGAAAUUUGGUCACUUGGUCAUCUGGAAAAAUGCAGCAGAUCGAUCGUGUUCCGUCAGGGACGGUUAUGUACAAUGUAUAUGGUGGAUGAACUCGAAAUGAUCAUGUUAAUGACGGCGCUUUUGUUGACUGUUGAUAAAGAGAAAAUAAUAAAAAGAAAACUAUCGAAAUGGUCAAGACGAUUAAUCCAUUCACGAACUGAUAAAAAUCAGCACGAUGAGAACGCAAGGACAAAACUUUUGUGA